GUUGUCAAUGAUGUUGUUCCUAACAUACAAUUCAUCGAAAUGAGCUCAGACACAGAGAACAUUGAAGAGUUUUCUGGCAUUGAACAGUCGCCUUUGCUGGAGCAAAUAAAAAGGAUUCUGGAGGAGUACCGGAACGAAUUUCAGAUUAUAAAGGUGUUCCAAAGAUAAUUACCAUGUCUGACAACCCAGAAGAAACAGCUUACUACCUUCGACUUGUAUCUAUGUAUAUGGACAUUUGUACACAGAGUGUAAGGAAAGUGUUUAAUUUUUAUUCACCAAAUAAUAAUGGUGAAGAUUUUAUUCGAUUAAAUCAAGCCAGACUGAAUGAAUUAAAGACAAAGGGAAUUCUGAAUCAACAGGAAUGUGAAGUCGUCAUCACACAAUGGCCAAAUAUCAGUCGUAUGGAUAUAUCACUACUGAUUACUCUCUCUAUCAAUUUAUUUACUACCAUGCAACUACCACCUCCGACAAAAGGAUGGGACCGUCCCCCAAAAGGUAAAGACAUAUCUAUUGCGGCUGAUCUCUUACGUUUAAGAAAGAUCAGAAAUGUCAUUGUCGGUCACCAUCAUUGUGCUCAGCUACCUCAGUGGGAAUUUGAAAAAGAGUGGGAGACUAUUGAGACUAUAUUACUAAGGAUAGAAAAGCAAAUAGAUCCGGGAAACGAGGUACAUCUUCAAUACAAAAUUAAAUGUUACUCACUACAACAGCUGCAACCUUGUAUUCAGAACGAGCAUGACUCGAAACUGAAGGAAUGGUAUCAAGAGGUGUCCAAAGCUCAGAAACAGGUAGACGAAUAUCUCAAGAACCUUGAAGGGUUCAACGUUUACUUAAAAGAUAAGUCCGAUCGAUAUGAACGUUACAUAAAACUUUUGGUUAAAGGCGGGCGAUUUGUAUUGUCUGCUCUAAUUAAAUCAAAAUGUCAGCAAAGCGAUUUGAGAUGCAAACUGGAUGAGAAUGAAGAUGUACUUAGGGAAAAGAUCACUGAUUCGGAACAUUUGGAAAUUCUCUAUCCAUCUGCCUCAGAUCGUUUCGCAACCACGUUGGAUUUGUCAGUAUGGGAUAUUUCGUUACUGACUGGGGUAUUACUGUAUGCUUUUGAGUGCAAUGAUGAUCUGAAGGAGGCAAUAGACAAUCUGUACAAUGCAAGAAAGAACUACGCAGAGGUAGCUGUUAAAUCGUUAGAUCCGGACACCUUCGUUGACUAUCUAUCUGAUCUUAAAUACACCAUUAAUGUUGCUAAAAAGAAUCUAAAUUCGGAAGAGAAAUCUCACAUUAAUGAAAUAUUGGAAGAGAGUAAGAAAAAAGCAAAGGAUGACGGCUCAUUUAAGACAUACAUGGAGGAACUUAAAUCGCAGGGUUUGCAGAUGAAAACAUUUUCAGACAUUCAUAAAGAGACUAUUCGGAAAACGAAAGAAACACUUCAACAAAUGAUUACACAUGGAAUAAGCUUUGACAGUAACCGGGUGCUAGAAUUGAAAAUGAUAACUGUCGGAUCCGACGAAGAGAAGAAGAAAAUUGCUGAAAACAUUUUGUUUGAAGUGUGGCAGAUUGCCUUGGAUCGAACAGAAAACAAAGGCGAUUUUCAAGAAGUUCAGGAGGAAGUUAACAAGAUUUUGAAAGAGAUAAAGUCAAAGAAUAUACAAAAUAUAUCCGUUGAACAGAAAUGUAUCCUUCUGCAGAUUGCAAGUAGGGAACCCUGUGACAUGUUGGCCCUUAUUGAAUAUUUUCAAAGUGACUUAUUCCACAAAACCCUGAAUGAUAUAUGUAAAGCGGUUGGAUAUCAUUGCGAUACGAUAGUUGCAAUGUGUUCAAAUGUGACCAUUGAAUCACUUCAUGGCAUACUAAAUGAACAGCAUGUACAAACGCAACAAGAAAGUGGCAUAAGAGUUCCAAUUACGGUUUCUUCACCAGCUGCCAUGAUGGAAUUGUGGAAAUUAUUUCAAAGUGAACAAUUUUCAAAUAGCACAAAUGCCAUAGCGGAGAAGUUGUCAAAACAUUCGAACACACCUGUUACCCUACAAACGUACACAGAUAUGAAAGAGUUUAACGACGUCUUUCAUAGAGAGACUGAGCAAAGUAGUACAGACAGCGAAAGUAAUGAUUCCUUGACUCAAGACAGUUGCCGAACGUCAGACACUGAAUUAGAUUUCCCAUACAAAGGAGAAGUAACGGGACAUCCAGCUGAUCAUUCGUCCCAAUAUGACAAACAAAAGCGGCUGUCUAAUAUAGAAAGCAAAGUUGCCAAGCUAGAAGCGACUCCCGACGAUCAUCAAAAACACUCAGAUUAUAUAAAACAGAAAAAAGGUAAUUAUAAGUGUAUUCAAAAUAAAUUGACUGCGUAUGCAUUCUGUUAUUGUCUUGUAUUGAUAUUUCAUUAGGAUUGCGAAAAAAUAAUAGUUUAUGCAUUCCAUAUUUGAUUUAGUUACAGGUACCUUAUAAUUAAAGUCAACAAAGUACAUACCUCACAACGGCAACAAUUGUAACGGUUAUAUUUAUCUGAAGCAACUCCUUUAAAUAAUUUCAAUUAACAGUAAAAUCCU